AAUUCAGCUGCUGGACGAGUUUGUCUGCGAGUGAAACUUAUUUUUUUGGCGUCCACGUCUUGAAGCGAGGAGGACAAAUGCGAAAAUGCGAGAAGAAAUCCAGGAAGAGGCGAGCGAGUGCUUAUUAAAAAUUCAGCGCGGGAGAACAGACGUUAUUACCCCUUCGGAGGAUUUGUGGCAGCACCGAGGAUAAACUCCACUUCUAACGGGCUAAAGCGUUGUUGAAUGGGGUGAAACGAAGCGGAUUUUUUCCCUCCUAAAGAUAGCAAGUCCAGGAAGAAAAAAAUAAAAAAUCCAAGCGGUCGAAACCCAGAAGGAAAGGGGAGUAAAAAGGGGGCAAAGAAAACGCCCUGCUUUGCUGCCUGUUGCUGGUAAAUUCAAACUUUAUCGCAAGUUUAAAAAAUGCAUCUUCCACUUAACGAGAGGUGAUAGUUCAAGUCGUCAUUCCUAGCUUAAAGCCGGGCGGGUUUGCUAACUGACGGCCCCCUCUCACUUGGCAAGUUUUAUGUUUUUGGAAGCUUUGGGAAUAUUUUCUCCUCGUUGUGCACACCAUUCCUGUUGGAAGCGAUUUGGGUGGGCUGGGAGCCCAAAGGCUGCUCCGCCAGGCCUGCGGCCAUUAGCCAGGAACAAAGAGGGUUCACAUGUAAACUCAAACAGUUUGGAAAAGCCUCUUCAUUAGUUUUUCAAACCCAACUUUUAACCACCAACGACGGCGCAGUCAUGUCGCUGGGCGCCGAGAGGAGGAUGGAAACCCGGCUGAAGAAGCUGGAGGACAUGAUCAGAGACCCCAGAUCUGCCAUAAACCUGGAAAGUUUACUGGACUCCAUGAAUGCGCUGGUCUUAGACUUGGACUACCCUGCACUACGAAAGAACAAAAACAUUGAGACCUUCUUAAACAGAUAUGAGAAAGUCAUUGGCCAGAUUCGAGAUCUGCAGAUGAAGUCUGAAGACUUUGACAGAGUUAAAGUAAUUGGCCGAGGAGCAUUUGGUGAAGUGCAACUGGUCAGACAUAAAGCCUCACAGAAGGUCUACGCCAUGAAGCUGCUGAGCAAAUUUGAGAUGAUAAAGCGCUCAGACUCAGCAUUCUUCUGGGAAGAGAGAGACAUCAUGGCUUUUUCCAACAGUCCCUGGGUUGUGCAGUUGUGCUGUGCCUUCCAAGAUGACCACUACCUCUACAUGGUGAUGGAGUACAUGCCAGGAGGCGACCUGGUUAACCUCACCAGCACCUAUGAUGUACCGGAGAAGUGGGCCAAGUUCUACACAGCGGAGGUGGUGAUGGCCCUGGACGCCAUUCACUCCAUGGGCUUCAUUCACCGCGACGUGAAGCCAGACAACAUGCUGCUGGACAGACUCGGACACCUGAAGCUGGCUGACUUUGGCACUUGCAUGAAAAUGGAUUCGACCGGCAUGGUGCACUGUGACACAGCAGUUGGGACUCCAGACUACAUCUCGCCAGAAGUGCUAAAAUCCCAGGGAGGAGAUGGCUAUUAUGGGAGAGAAUGCGACUGGUGGUCCGUAGGGGUCUUCAUUUACGAGUUGCUCGUCGGUGACACGCCGUUCUACGCCGACUCUUUGGUGGGAACCUACAGUAAAAUCAUGGACCACAAGAACUCCCUCAAUUUUCCAGAUGAUGUGGAGAUCUCCAAUGAUGCCAAGAAUAUCAUCUGUGCCUUCCUGACUGACAGGGAGGUGCGAUUAGGCAGAAACGGCGUGGAGGAAAUCAAGCGACAUCCUUUCUUCAAAAAUGACCAGUGGACCUUUGACACCAUCAGAGACACGGUUGCCCCUGUGGUCCCAGAGCUGAGCAGUGACAUAGACACCAGCAACUUUGAUGAGAUAGAAGACGACAAAGGCGAUGUAGAAACCUUCCCCACACCUAAGGCAUUUGUCGGCAAUCAGUUACCCUUUGUUGGCUUCACCUACUUCAAAGAAGACCAGUUAUUAAAUGCUUCCAACAACUCAGUGGCUCAUGAGAAUUCAAAAGGGGAGUCAGCAGCACUGCAGAAGAAACUUCGCCACCUAGAGAUGCAGAUGAAUAAUGACAAGCAAGUCAAAGAUGAUCUAGAGCAAAAAUACAGGGCCACCACCGCUCGUCUGGAAAAGCUAUCCAAAGAACUUGAGGAAGAGGUGAGCAGCAGAAAGAACCUGGAGUCGAGUCUUAGGCAGUUGGAGAGGGAGAAGGCUCUGCUGCAGCACAAAAGCCUGGAGAGCCACCGCAAGGCUGAGAGCGAGGCCGACAGGAAGCGCUGUCUGGAGAACGAAGUCAACAGCCUCAGAGACCAGCUGGAUGACAUGAAGAAGCGAAACCAAAACUCGCACAUUUCCAAUGAGAAGAACAUUCACCUCCAGAAACAGCUGGAAGAAGCCAACACGUUGUUGCGGGCUGAGACGGAGGCGGCGACGAGGCUCCGCAAAGCCCAAACUGAGAGCAGCAAGCAGCUGCAGCAGCUGGAGGCCAACGUGCGCGAGCUGCAGGACAAAUGCUGCCUGCUAGAGCGCAGCAAGCUGAGUCUGGAGAAGGAAUGCAUCAGCCUGCAGGCUGCGCUAGAGACGGAGAGGAGGGAGCACAGCCAGGGCUCGGAAACCAUCACUGACCUGAUGGGACGCAUUUCUGGCCUGGAAGUGGAGGCGCGUCAGCAGAAACAGGCUUUAUCCAAAGCUGAGACUGAGAAGAGGCAGCUUCAAGAGAAACUCACUGAUCUGGAGAAGGAGAAGAGCAACAAGGAGAUCGAUUUGACCUACAAGCUGAAGGUGCUGCAGCAGGAGCUGGAACAGGAGGAGGCCUCUCAUAAGGCCACCAGAGCAAUGCUGGCAGACAAGAGCAAGAUCAAGGUCACCAUCGAGGGCGCCAAGUCAGAGUCCAUGAAGGAGUUGGAGCAGAAGCUGGCAGAGGAGCGAGCUGCCAAACUGCGGCUGGAGAACAGAAUACUGGAGCUGGAGAAGCAGAGCAGCAUGAUGGACUGUGACAACAAACAGGCCCUGCAGAAGCUAGACGAGCUGCGCAGACACAAGGAUCACCUUACUGAGGAGGUGAAGAACCUGACACUGAAGAUCGAGCAGGAGACCCAGAAGCGUAACCUGACUCAGAACGACCUGAAGGCUCAAAACCAGCAGCUCAGUGCUCUGAAAACCUCAGAGAAGCAGCUCAAGCAGGAAACUAAUCACCUGCUGGAUAUUAAGCGCAGCUUGGAGAAGCAGAACCAGGAGCUGCGCAAAGAAAGACAGGACACAGAUGGACAAAUGAAGGAGUUACAAGACCAGUUAGAGGCUGAGCAGUAUUUCUCAACUCUCUAUAAGACCCAGGUUCGUGAGCUGAAGGAGGAAUGUGAAGAGAGGAACAAACUCUACAAAGAAGUGCAGCAGUCUCUGCAGGAGCUGCAGGAGGAGAGGGACUCUUUGGCAGCACAGCUGGAGAUCACUCUGACAAAGGCUGACUCGGAGCAGCUGGCGCGCUCCAUCGCUGAGGAGCAGUACUCCGACCUCGAGAAGGAGAAGAUAAUGAAGGAGCUGGAACUGAAGGAGAUGAUGGCUCGCCAUCGCCAGGAGCUCUCCGAGAAGGACAUCACCAUCAGCUCUCUGGAAGAAGCUAAUAGGACCCUGACGAGUGAUGUCGCCAAUCUGGCCAAUGAGAAGGAGGAACUGAACAACAAACUGAAGGAGGCAAUAGAGGAAACUGAGAAGUCGAAGGACUGGGAGCAGCAGAUAAGCCAGAUGAAGCAGGGAUUUGAGAAACAGCUGCAGUGCGAGAGGACGCUAAAAACCCAGGCCGUCAAUAAGCUGGCAGAGAUCAUGAACAGGAAGGAAGUGCGUGGCGGAGGCAGCCGCCGUGGUAACGACACAGACAUGCGGCGAAAGGAGAAGGAGAACAGGAAGCUGCAGCUUGAGCUCAGGUCAGAGAAGGAAAAGCUGAACAGCACCAUCAUCAAAUAUCAGAAGGAGAUCAACGAAAUGCAAGCACAACUGGCGGAUGAGAGCCAGAUGCGCAUUGAGCUGCAGAUGGCUCUGGACAGUAAGGACAGUGACAUUGAGCAGCUGAGAAAUCUCCUGCAGACGCUCAGUGUUCAGUCGAUGGACUCCGCCAGCGUCAGCAGCGGGCCCGAGUUUGAUGCUGAUGAUGCGUACACAGAAAUGAGACUCGAGGGCUGGCUGUCUCUCCCCGUCAGAAACAAUACCAAGAAGUUUGGAUGGGAGAGAAAGUACGUUGUAGUAAGCAGCAAGAAGAUUCUUUUCUACAACAGCGAGCAAGACAAAGAGCAGUCCAUCCCCUACAUGGUGCUCGAUAUAGAUAAACUCUUCCAUGUGAGACCUGUUACUCAGACAGACGUGUAUCGAGCUGACUCCAAAGAAAUUCCCAGGAUAUUCCAGAUUCUUUAUGCCAAUGAAGGUGAAAGCAAAAAGGAGCCAGAGUUUCCCGUGGAGCCGCAUCCCAUUGGAGAAAAGUCCAAUUACGUCUGCCACAAAGGCCACGAGUUCAUCCCCACCCUCUACCACUUCCCCACCAACUGUGAGGCGUGCACAAAGCCACUGUGGAACAUGUUCAAGCCGCCGCCUGCUCUGGAGUGCCGGCGCUGCCACAUCAAGUGCCACAAGGACCACAUGGACAAGAAAGAGGAGAUCAUCGUCCCCUGUAAAGUGAACUACGACAUUUCUACAGCCAAGAACCUGCUCCUGCUGGCCGUGUCCCAGGAGGAGCAGCAGAAGUGGGUGAGCCGGUUGGUCAAGAAGAUUCCCAAAAAGCCUCCACACCCAGAACAGUUCGCACGCUCCUCACCGCGGACCUCCAUGAAGGUUCAGCCCAGCCAGUCCAUGAGGAGGCCCAGUCGACAGCUCCCCACCAGCAAGAGCAGUUAACCUUGCCCAGGAGUGCGGCGCAUCUACGAGGUGGUGGGGAGAGUUUCUUCCUAAAUCAAAGACUCUAUACAAAGCUCCGUUUGCAGAUCAGCACACUGGACUGGUUUCUCCACUGCCCACUCCACCCUGUCCCGUUUCAGCCUGCGAGAGUUACCAAUUCUGGCAUUUUCCAUUUUUAUUGAGCUUGUUUCCAAGCCACUUAGCAAGCUCACCUCAGCAUCUGCCGUCUUUACAGCAAGCUGGGCGACUCAUAAACAUAUAACCCAAGUCCUCUCCUGGGUCCUUGGCGAGAGCACUUGUGCAGCUCUGGGGUGCUGGAGUAGCUUGUUCGGCUCCCACUCAAUGGAGGAUAGCUCUUAUGAGCCUGACCAAGGCUGACAAGAACAGGGGUACACUUACCUUAACAGUUCUCUCCAGGACACUGUCUGAUUGAAGCAGCCAGCAGGAAACCUCCUCCACACCACCUUUGAGGAUUCUCAUGGCCAAAAGAAAAAAAGACAUUCUUGUGUUUAAUGAUUGUGAACAAUAUGAAGGGUUUAAUGGGGGAACACUACGCUCAGAAGAGUCUGUAUUUUUGUUGGCUUAUGGUGUCUGUACUUUCAAACUCUUUAACAUGAUUGUAGCUUCUUGCUUUCCACAGCUCUGCUUUCAGGUGCGUGUCCAUGGGAAAUCUUGAAUAAGGUACUUAGGAACCAAAUGAGCUGUGACUUCAUGGAAAGUCAUUAAGGCAGCAAAUGCAGCCCAGCUUCCUCUCGGAUGUGAGCAAAUAAUUCUCCGAGUGCCUCUUAUUCAGAUUUCUGACUCAUGCACACGCUGAAUCAUGGGUUUGACGUCAAACGACUACAAAGCGAACAGAAUCCUGCUUGAAAUGGCAUUAGAUUAAGACAUGAAGUCCUCACGAUCCCAUAAUCUCUGCAAACCUGCACUGUCAGUUCUGAGGGUUAAUGUUUACUGAAUUCAAAGGGGUGCACCGUUAAUGCUUUCUGAUCCGAGCUCGGCUCCUUCUGUUGUUUUUGAAUGUACAUCUGGGCUUCACCAGAGACGACACACAGGCAUUGUAUUAUCCAAGUAUACUUGACUGAAGCCGCGCCUUUCAUCACAAACUACUCUUGAGUGAACUUGCAUGCGUUUGCUUUUUCACCCACAUGCCUAGUCGUUUUUAGUCAGUACCAAAAGUGAAAAUGAGGGAAAUUAACCAAUAAGAAGCCGAAAUAAUGAAGGUAUCCAAUCAUAUCCUGAACCCACGAGUGGAAAUACUGAGCAGCACUAUUCCAUUGAAGUUUUUUCUAAAAGUGUUUGUCCUUAUUUUUGUAUUAAAGGAAACCAAACUCUGAGUUUGGGCACAUUGUUGUAUGUAUGUGACUUAGUUAGCAGGUGGAGAGUAAACCGAGUGUGUGAGUGUAUAUGUGUGUGUGUGUGUGUGUGUGUGUGUGUAUGUAUGUGCACUCUCCUUUAACCAAGAAGCAUGUUUUAUACAUAUAAAUAUACACAGUAUAUAUUUUACAUGCCAUACAGUGCACAUUAUAUUAUUUAUACAGCCUUGUCCACUUUGUAUUUAAGGGCUCUACAUCCAGAUUGCAUGUUUGCUAUCAAACAGCUCUAUGAUAAUAACCACUUCAACAAUAAAGACAUGGAUGUGCCUUCUGGUUUUGGAUCAUUUUUCUGUUUUAAAAAUGUUAGAUGUCGUCAUUCUGCAGAGGUGUACAACCAUGGUGAACCAAAAGUGCCAAAAUAAAAAUGCCACAAAAAAUAUUCAAUUGU